GUUGUGGCAAUGCUUUCCGUUCUCGUGUUGGUCAUUGCGGCGGCACGUGUGGCGCUCGCAAUCUCGGCCAGCGGCUGCACCGAUAACGAGGACAGCAGCUGCAGUACUGGUGGGGGUUUCGCAUCCACUUUCAGCGACCACAGUGAGGACAAAUACGGUAAGGCGAUGAGUAGAUGAAUGGCGCAAGACACAAAAAGAGUGUAGAUCUGCGGAUUCCCGUGGCUUUUUAUCCAUCCAUCCAUCCGCUCAUUCGUCCGUGGCUGCCUGCAGGUGCGUGGGCCACCGAUGCAUCUUCCGACGACCAGCAGGGUGGUCAGUGCGGCUCACAAAGGGCCAUUCAUUGUCUUGGUGGAUCUCUGUUUGUGUUGGGUGCAGCUCGUUUCUCGCUGGUGCUCGAUUCGAUAGCUCAUGCGGCGAAUCUGACGGCGGCCGCACACAAGAUGAGCAUUAUGGCCCACAACAGGAGCGCUAUGGCGGCUGAUGUGAGCGGCGCGGCGCUGGCGGCCAUCGACAAGGGCAGCACUUCCGGCAGCCCAGGCGGUACGCACACACACGCGGAGGAAAGAUCGAUCCAUCGUGCAUUGUGUUGUCUCUGUACAGGUAGUAUCGGCAUCUCUUCGUUUGCACAGGAUGAUGAAGAAGAAGUUGAAGACUACAUGGCCCACCGCGGUAAGCACCAGCCGCCCUCAACGCAUCCACCAACUGAGUGCGCAUCUUUAUGACUGUAUGUGUGUGUGUGUGUGUGAAGGCCAAACGGAAGUCGACCUGAAAUGGUUUAGCACCAAAUGGUUUAGAGAGAUGGUGGCGCAAUCCUUGGUAUCACAGAACGGCUUCUGCGUGUUGCCCGACAUAGGCACGGCGGAUGACAGGUCUCGCUCGCUGCCGACCCGCCAGUGCGCUUACUCCUGCCCCGAGAAUGGCAAGGAGAAAAUUAUCUGGUGGGUGCAUCCGCUGCAAGGUGGGCAAAGAAAAAUGGACGUGUACAAGGUGCACGACUUCAAGUGCAAGACAAAGGCAAAAAGGCAGUGGUGCACCGAUCCCCGUGACAACAAGUGCCGCCUCUGGUCGUUCAAGAUGGACCGCACAGGCGACGAGCCCGGUGACACCAAAGUGGCGACCAUCUUUGUGGUGGGCAACGUCACUCAGAAGGCCGGCUCUUCACUGGCGUGCAAGGGCAUGGAGGUCGCGGUGCUGCCGACCUGGAGUACCGUGGACCCCGGACGGCACGACAAAGUCACCCUCGAGAGCGCCAGACAAUUUUGCAGUGAAUUAUUCUUCGAGUGAGUGGAUAGCCUGCCUGCCUGCCUGCCUGCCUGCGUGGCUGGCUGCCGGCAUCAAUCACUUGAGUGAAACAUACAAAGACAGCAAAGCAGCUGAUACAUAGCAGGGACGCGGGCAGUGGGUCGGUGGCCUUAUGAUAGGGGUGUGUGGUGUGGUAUGCUUUGGAUGCUUGGCUUGGGAUACGGCUGUCAUGCUUGGAGUGGGGAUGGAUGGAUGGAUGGAUUGCAAUCGGUGAGACGCGUACUCCAUACGAUUCACUUGAUUGUGUCUGAUGUG